CACACACAACAUGACGGUGGGCGACCAGACGUCGCGUCACUUCUGGCUCCGGUAAGAAAGCAGGCGCGGGACGUUUGAACAAUUUCCUUCGAUGUUAUCGGGUUCGCCCGGGGAAAAAGCACUAGUGGUGGCAGCGCAGCUACAGGUCAUCUGGGUGGCACGGAGGCCUGUGCCGGGCAUUAGGGAGCUGCUACAUCGCCGGAGGCCUAUUCUGUGUUAUUCCCUGUUAUGUAGCGAUAUAUAAUUGUAUGUAAAGUGCGAGGUGUCAGCCCUAUCGAAGCGCGCUGCCGUCACUGCACAUCGGUGAGAGGGGGAAUCCGGGCCUGGGGAGCGGAGUGCUCCCGCCUACCACCAUGUCUGAUCGGAAGAAGAGGGGCAGCAAGGGCGCUGUGGUCACAUGGAGGCUGCAGGGACUCGCGUCACCACCAGCCAGAAGAUCUCGGAGAAAUUCUGGCUCUUCAAGCAAGUCUGCAGGCAGUCCACUACCUGUACAAGUCAUGAAACGAUCAGUCACUGCUAAGAAAAUAAUGCCUAGGAAGACACUGGCUGCACUGGUGUCUGCUGAAUCUCAGCCUGCCAUUUCCUCUGCUGCAGCUCAGCCCAACACUGCCUCCUCUGCUGCACCUCAAUCUACCCCUAAUGUUUCACAUUUUACAGCAGUUCUUAGAAGAAGUUCAAGAGUUUCCCCAAACUCGGGAAAAGAGAAUGCAGUACAUGAGAAGUCCCAGGUUGUCACUAAAAGAGAAACUAGCAAGUGCUCUCCCUCCAAAAUAGACAUCCUGUCUCCUAUUCCGCUGAACAUCCCGCAGUCACCUACCUUCGAUGACAGAGAAAAAGUGAUGUCUCAGAAAGUGCGGCGUUCCUAUAGCCGAUUAGAGAUGUCAUUGAAUGGAAGCUCUCUUCUAUACAGUCCCACCAGAAAUGAUGAUUCAUCGGAUACUUCCACCCCACACCUAGUCCCAAAAACAGGCCGGAAGUCACUAUUUGGGUUUAAUAAACUUCUCAGCUCUGAAGCACAAGAGGAAAUAUGGACACUGAAAAAUUUGUCUGAGACUAAACAUACAAAUAAUGAAAGCACAAGUGGAACAAUAAUAAAACUCUCAGUGGAAGAACUGGAUCAUAAUAUUCCUGGGGUGACCCUGGUCAAACAGAAGAGAAGGAAACCUAAACUCUUACAAAUUAAGAAAUCUGACCUGGAUGACUGGGCUGCGACGAUGAACGCCGAGUUUGAAGAGGCAGAGAAAUUUGAUCUUCUAGUGGAGUGACUAAACCACCCCAGAAUCGCUACUUGUGUAUAGACUUACUAUCGUGCUUCAGAGAGGCCUUUAAUUCUUCUCACCUUUUCUUUUCUAUGUAUUUUACAAAAAAAAAUACUGUGUGUUUUAUAUAGAAUACGUAAUUGUUCUUUUAUAUUUUUAUGUAAAAAAAAAUAAUAAUGGCAGAAAGCGAUCUUAAUAAUAAGGUCACAUCUUGUGAAAUUAAUUAUAGGGUUAUUAGAGAAGAGUUUAUUAAAUAUGUUUAAUGUUAAAUAUGUUUUGUUACUUGUCUUGUAAACAGACAUGCAAGUGUUUCUUUUUGUUUUAUUUUCUGCCUCAUUUGUCAGUUGUCAAUCAACUGCACCCGAGCAGCAGGAGUGACUGUCAGAGGACCUGUAUAUAUGAUUUUCAAUGAGGAUUAUGUAAAAUUGCUUUUCCAUGGGCAAGGAGAGGGAAGGCUCAUACACACUAGGUGAUAUAAUUAGCGAUAACGCUAAUUUUUACCCUCCUUAACGAUAUCGCUUAUAAUCUAUUGCCCAGUAUAGUAUGUAUGCCGCAGACGAUGGCCGAUGCGCGGUCACGGGGCUCGCUAAAGACUCCCUCCAUCUGCUAUGCAUGCAACUCAAUAUUAUGAUAUUGUCAGAUGAUGCAUGUUCAGGCCGGUCACGGCAUGACGUCGCUGUGAAAUAUAGCUAGCGGUAUCACACAGUGUGUAUGCCCACAACUCCCGGCUCGGAAGUGGACACUAGGCGAUAACGCUCCUGGAGUGAGUCGCCUAUUGUGUAUGCACCUUAACUCGGCACUAUAACAUUGCCUUUACUAUACAACAAUCUGCCAACUCUUCAUGUUCUCAUUUACUCCCCUCCGCUCCUAGACUGGGAUUGAUUGUUCUGUAUGUUUGUCCAUUGUAUGAACUAGUUCUCAAAUUAUUCACAUGAAAGCUUAAUAUGUAAGGGGCAGAAUCCAGCCCAUCUCCUAUGCCAGACAGACAUUUGACCCAAAAACUUAGAAGUGGCUGAUGUCAAAGAAGAAUAGAUUGUGUUUAGCUGCAUGCCAAAUGUAAAUAUAAUGUGAGAACAUGAAACCGUAUGUAUGUGGAUGUUAUUAGGCCUAGGCUGACCCUAUUAUCCCUUUAAACUGGGACGCUCAUGAAUUACACAGGUUCUGUGGGUGAUUAAAACCAGGUGACAUGCAGGCUUGAAGUUAGCCAGCCACAGAACCUGUGUAAUUCAUGAGUGUCCCAGUUUUAAAGGGCUAGUAUGAUCAGCCUAUAUUAGCAGGACUUUCCUAUAAGGCAAUUGCUAGUGUGUAAUUAAUAAAAUUGUCUAAUUAGAACACAGUAUUGUAACAUUAUGCAACUAUGCCAACUUAGAACAUCAUACUGAAAUAAUUUCCCUUUACUGAUAGAUAAUAUAUAGUGUGUAUAAAUGUGUGUAAUAUAUAUAUAUAUAUAUAUAUAUAUAUAUAUCAGUGUACUUUAGUACAUUUUUGUGCAGAAAUUAUACAUAGUGGUGAUUGCAGUGGGAUACAUAGGGAGCUCUUAGCUUCAUUAGUCUGUUAUGUGUUGUACUGUGCAUCAUUUACCCUAGCAAGUACAAUCUCUUAUUGGUCUAUGCAAUAUAUCGGGGAUAGGCAUCCUGUAGCACUCCGGCUAGUGUAGGACUAUACAUCCCAGUUUUAGCAUUACCUGAUGGCAAAAUUGGCGUGGCUUGCUGGGAGUUGUAGUUCUACAGCAUCUGGAGUGCCACAGUUUGCCCACCUCUGCAUUAUACCAAUCAAAGCGAAUAACAUCGGAUUGGAUGCUACAGAAUAAGUUUUUUUUGCUUUCUGACAAUGUUAUACAACAAACUUUAAAGUGUAUUGAUUUAGCUGUAUUUCUGUAGCUGAGAGAUUAUAUAGCAGUAGGAAAUAAAAUGUCAAACAUCUCGGGUAAAAUCACUUUGAGGACUUUUACAAAGAUAAAUGGUAAUGUUGUCAGUAUUUAAAGCUUCUUCGUAGCUUUGCUGGGAGAUCUCAGUCUCCGCAUAGUAACACUGCUUCCAAGGACAUGUCUGUUGGUAAGCAAGUGCUUGCACAAUGGGCAGUGGGGAAUGAUUGUCUCUCUGGUGGGUGUAAUAGGUCACAUGACGGAAUAUCUGCACAUUUUUCUUUUCAAACCACUAUAUGCUUUACAGUCAUGUAAUAAACCUUUGCAAUAUCAGUCUUGACAGUAUGUGCAGGAUGCUGAUGGCUGCACAAGGUGGUGGCGGGUGGGAACAGAGAUAAGAAAAAGCAUGCACUCCUCACCUGUUUUCUCUAUCCUUAUUGGGCUGCUGUUUUCCA